GCGCUUGCUGCGCUCGUUCCUUGGGUCCCGGGGUGCUGAGCUUGGCGGCGGCGGCUACGCGCGCGCUGCCGGCUGAUUCCCGCCUCCCUCUUCCUCCCCCAACUCCCCCAUUCCCGGGCACGCGGGGUUUUCGGGCUCCGCAGCCAUGUGCUCCUUAACGUCGGGCGCUACGGGCGGCCGGGGCGCGUUGGAGGAGGACGAGGACCUACCCGAACUGUCGGACAGCGGUGACGAGGCCGCCUGGGAGGAUGAGGACGAGGCCGAGCUCCCCCACGACAGGCAGCAGACCCCCUGCCUGUUCUGUAACAGGUUAUUCUCAUCUGCAGAAGAAACAUUUUCACACUGUAAGACAGAGCAUCAAUUUAAUAUUGAUAGCAUGGUCCAUAAACAUGGACUUGAAUUUUAUGGCUACAUUAAACUAAUAAACUUUAUAAGGCUUAAGAAUCCCACAGUUGAGUAUAUGAAUUCCAUAUACAACCCAGUGCCUUGGGAGAAAGAAGAAUAUUUGAAGCCAGUAUUAGAAGACGACCUCUUACUUCAGUUUGAUGUAGAAGAUCUCUAUGAGCCUGUGUCUGUCCCAUUCUCGUAUCCCAAUGGACUCAGUGACAAUACAUCUGUUGUUGAGAAAUUGAAACACAUGGAAGCCAGGGCACUGUCUGCUGAAGCUGCUUUAGCUAGAGCACGGGAGGAUCUGCAGAGAAUGAAACAAUUUGCUCAGGAUUUUGUGAUGAACGCAGAUGUCAGAACCUGCUCGUCAUCUACUGCCAUCGCAGACCUCCAGGAGGAUGAGGAUGGUGUUUAUUUCAGUUCCUACGGGCAUUAUGGGAUACAUGAAGAAAUGCUAAAGGACAGAGUACGAACAGAAAGCUACAGAGAUUUUAUAUACCGAAAUGCACAUAUCUUCAAAGAUAAGGUAGUUUUGGAUGUCGGGUGUGGAACUGGAAUUCUGUCUAUGUUUGCUGCUAAAGCUGGGGCAAAGAAAGUUUUUGGAGUUGAUCAAUCUGAAAUUCUUUAUCAGGCAAUGGAUAUUAUAAGAUUAAAUAAACUUGAAGAUACUAUUACACUAAUUAAAGGAAAGAUUGAAGAAGUUCGUCUUCCUGUAGAAAAAGUGGAUGUUAUUAUAUCUGAAUGGAUGGGCUAUUUUCUUCUUUUUGAGUCCAUGUUAGAUUCUGUCCUUUAUGCAAAGAACAAAUACUUGACAAAAGGAGGAUCGGUCUACCCAGAUUUUUGUACCAUCAACCUAGUGGCAGUGAGUGAUGUAAAUAAGCAUGCUGAAAGAAUUGCUUUCUGGGAUGAUGUCUAUGGCUUCAACAUGUCCUGCAUGAAGACGGCAGUUAUCCCAGAAGCUGUUGUGGAAGUGAUAGAUCCAAAGACUCUUAUUUCAGACCCUUGUAGCAUUAAGCAUAUAGAUUGCCAUACCACAUCUAUCUCAGAUUUGGAAUUUUCUUCUGAUUUUACCAUGAAGAUUACGAAGUCUUCCAUGUGCACAGCAAUCGUCGGCUACUUUGACAUAUAUUUUGAGAAGAACUGCCAUAGCAGGGUCAUGUUCUCCACGGGCCCCCAGAGUACCAAAACGCACUGGAAACAAACAGCAUUUCUCCUGGAAAAGCCAUUUUCAGUUAAAGCAGGUGAAGCCUUAAAAGGAAAGAUCACAGUUCACAAGAAUAAGAAGGAUCCUCGUUCUCUCAUUGUGACCCUCACCUUGAAUAACUUCACUCAGACUUACAGUCUCCAAUGACAAAGCCAUGAAUGCGCAGCUAGCCAGCAGGUUUUCUUGUAGGGGUAGGGUCAGUAGCAGGCGGGAGGCAGCAGGUUUUGGAUGAGGACUUGGCAGAAAUCUGAGGUAGUUCAGUUGAGGACAAGGACCAAGUGAUUUAGUGCUUCAUAGUAAUCCCAUUUUGUUCAGCUGGAUUUCAGCAAGUGGUAGCCCCUCUCUUGAGUUUAGCUAUAUUGAAAGUUACCUAAAUUGGCUUAUACUUGGACAGUGAGAAUUCUUUGUUUUUUAUAAGUUUCUUACUAGAAAUUUUAAUAACAGUCAAUUAGCUUUUAGAUAAUGUUUUACUAAAUUCAUAGCACAAUGAAGUACCCAUUUUAUUGAUGUUUUCCUUUAAUAAGGAAAACUUUUAGCUGUAUUUUUGCUAGACUAUCAGGAUAUAGUAGACAGCAAGUGUGAGGAACUGGACAGCUUAAAGUUGACUGGCUGUCCAACAUACCUACGAUUCUUGUUUUGUAGCUUCUUCCCCUUUUGUGAGUAUUCCUUAGCCGUAGACUUCCAUUGUUGCCCAAGAAAUCUAAUCUCUAUAUAUUUCCUUCUAGGUUUCAUAGAAGUUUUUAAAGAAUAGGAUAUGUACUUAUUUACUAGUAUAUUACCUUUUUCAAAGUAGAUUUAUGUGCAGAUAUUAAAUAUGUAACUGCUAAUAUACUUACAUCACUAUGAAAUUGUGUCAUUUGCAGUUACUGAUUUCAGUUUGAACCUGAAUGGAGAGUGCUUAAUAGAAUAUAUAGAACAAUUACCUUUAUAGAACAAUAUUACCAUUACAAAAUAUUUCAGCUUUUGUAAAUUCGUAAACAUUUAAGACAGGCAUUUUUAAAAGGAAUCCAUUUUAAGAAAAUAGACAUUUUAGUUGGAGAAGUGGGCAUGUAUGUCUUUUAAGUUCAACACCACCUGGCUGUUGAUGAAAAUAAGGCAGCUUAGCAUAUUGAGCAACACAGCUCUGCAGUCAGUGCUGUGUGCAAACCAGGCUCCAGAUCUUACUUGAAGUGUUAUCUCCAUCACUUCCUUAGCCUCUACCUCCUUCACCUUCCAUGGGUAUACCAGUAUAUGGUGUUUAGAUCAGGAUCUGACGCACAGAAAAUACUCAGUAAUGCUGAGUAAUCAUUAACUUUUUUAAACAUUUAAGGAUCUCUUCUGGAGAAUGCAUGAUAUACACGUCUGAUCAGAGUGAGAAUUAUCAACCUCCUUGGAUAGUAAUUAUGUAUCUUAGUACAUAAAUGGGCAAAAAAGAUUAUAAUAGAAAAUAUCUAAAUAGCAAAAAUCUGUGUGAAAAAGAAAAUGUCUUAAACUAGGCUUUAAGCAGUGAAAAACAACAACCUUUUAAUGGUGGUACUGGGACUGUAGUCUUGGUCUUUCUUCACAAACAUCAUUUCUCUUUUCAGUGGAAUAAACCAGACAGUUUGAUUU